AUGAACAUCAUCACUCACGACAUCGUCCCUGGUGGCGAUCUCUGCAUCAUUCUUAAGGAACCAAACACACAGAGAGUUCUGCCAGAUGUCUCUCUUCGCCAAUACCAAUACAAUAUGCCAGACUACCUGCCCGACCAUGAUCGUCUCGAUGCUCCGCCUAUGAUUUCUCCUCUUCCCUAUUUCAGAAUUCACGACGAAGAACCCGUCGAAAUCCGCCUUCGCGUUUCUUCUGCUCAUAUGACUCUCGCUUCACCCGUGAUCAAGAAGAUGCUCCAAGGUCCAUGGACCGAAAGUGCUGAAAUUGGCUCUCCUGACUCUGUCAACACUUCCUCUUCCCCGAGCACAUCAGUUCGUGAAAUUUCUACCAUCGGAUGGAACGCAGAUGCUUUGGUCGCUCUUCUCAACAUCAUCCAUUGCCGUCACAGCGAUGUCCCAACCAAGGUCAAUCUCAGCUUCUUUGCUGACUUUGCACUUAUUGUUGACUACUACCAAUGUGAUAGAGCCGUCCUAUGCUUUCCACUUCUGUGGCACAACUCCCUCUACAGGGCCCCCGAGGGAUUCGGAAGGAAGCCUAUCCUGUGGCUGUACAUUAGCUGGGUCUUCUCCUGGCAUGAAACUUUCCCCGAUAUGGCAAUGUUGAUCUGGAAGCAUGGCGAGGGUCUGGACCUUGUCAAAACCUACGAUCUCCCUCUUGCUGAGAUCCUCGAGAAUCUAGAUAACAAAAGACAAGAGGCUAUCAAGACAGUCUUGGGGGAGCUUGACAACAUCAUUGGAGAACUUCAAGAGGACCAGUUCGACGACACAUUCUGGGGGGGUGGUUGGGGGCAGACUGACCACGCACGCCGUUGUAUGACGCUGGGUUCAGCACUGCGAGAGAAACGCCGACUGGACAAACUAGAUCCCCCUCUCACAGCUCCAUACACCGGAUACCCUUUCUCUAAGAUGAUCAGCAUGGUCCAUGAGUUUCGUUCAAUAGAUGGGCACGUAGAGGACCAUGAAGAGUACGUAUCCGAUGACGGAGAUGGAUGGGGCCCAGUGCCAGAACAGGAACAGAGUCCCAAAAGCGACUGA